UACGUCAUUGCCGUGCGGAAGACGAUUGGUUGGCGACCCUGCCUAAUCUCAGCGCUGAGCGGCUAAGGUUUUGUUCACCAUGUUGGAUGAACAGCUCAUUUCAGUUACCUCGUGACCAAUACUUUUAUCAUGUCACAUAAGCGUCGUGAGCUUGAAGUGUAGAGGAUCAGCCGAGUGACGUUUUUUUUCCCUCAACUGACAGCGUCAAGGCCCAGCGGAACCAACGGAAGGACUGCUGUUUUUAUGUGGAGAUACAGAUACCCAUUAGCUAGCUCUGAGUUGUCAGAUUGAAUAAGGCUGUCUAGCUCCUGGCGGUAGAUUUUGUCCCACAACAAACGGAUUUAACUUGUUAGUCUGUUUGGAUGCGCGCUUCUGAGCCGUAUUAGGACAGAGUAGAAUACAGAUACACACACAAAGCUGUCGAUGGGGGAAUUACUUUGUCUGCCAGCCGUCUGUGAGGAUUUCUCUUCUCGUGUUUUGAGUCAUGGUCGAAGCUUCGUCACCCUGUCAAACUGAUGGGGGUUUCUUUGGAAGCACGCGGCUCGCUGGAUUUCUAUAAUAAUAUGUGAAUAGGGUGGAUUGCCGAGGCCCGGGCCUGCCUGCCUCUCUGCGCUGCUGUAUUGUAGCCUUGGCUGGGUUACACCUCCUCUGCACCGGAUCAGCAGCGUUAAUUACGACUCUGAGAUUACCUCUGCCAUCAGAGUAGCUGUUUGGCCUGUGCACACAUCUUAAGGAGAAUUCAGUUUGGAAUAACAGAUGCGAUUUUAAGCCGUGUGGUGAGAAAAGCAACGGCGCCAGACCCGAGUGUGUGGCAAACUUGGAACACUUAUAAGAUGAAUGCUCUGCUUCCCAUGUGACCUGCUUUAGAUCGCACUGUUUUAUUAAGAGGGGAAGGUGAAUUUUUCCCAGGAGGAGAGGUUGAACAGUCUCUGUGAAGUGCAUAUAAGUUUUUUUUUUCUAUUGAAUAUUUUCGGUUUGUCACUGACAGCAGUGGCACUGUUAAAGCUGCAUAGAUUGUAUGUUUGGGUGGUCCAUUGCCCAUAAUAUGCUCUCCGUCACUAGUUUCAGACUUCAGUAGUCUAAUGGUGUACCUAAUAGAAAAUUAAUUUAGGGGAAGUGGGGCAGAGCCUAGUUAGUAUUAUGCUAAAACGCCAUACCAGAUAUCGGAUAAUUUCUGUCAAAGUGAUUGACUUUGGACGCUUAAAGGACAAAAUAUAUUUUCUCUAUGUUUGCCAUGAAUUGUAUUAACCGUGGGGUUGCUGUCUGGUUGCCAUUAGUAUCAUUUUGAGAAGCAGUUUGAAAAGUUGGCAUUUAAGUAUCAUUGGAUGGCUCUUUGCGGUACAACUGCUGCAAAUGUUACAAAAAUGAUGGCUGCUUACAACGGUGGCUCCUCAGCAGUAGCUGCCCAUCACCCCCAUCACCACCACCACCAGCUCCAGCACCUACCGCCUCCCCACAUGCAUCACCACCACCACCACCACCACGCGGGCCAGCACCACUUACAGCACCCAGGCUCAGCCGCUGCUGUGCACACGGUCCAGCAGCACACAUCAACGGCUGCCGCUGCGGCGGUGAUGCUAAACCCCGGACAGCAGCAGCCCUACUUUCCCUCUCCAGCCCCCGGGCAAGCUCCCGGGCCGGCGGCGGCCGCGGCUCCCGCACAGGUCCAAGCGGCUGCAGCAGCCGCUGUCAAAGCUCACCACCAUCACCAUCAGCAGCAGCAACACACGCACCAUUUACAGCAGCAGCUGGAUAUUGAGCCUGACAGACCCAUCGGCUACGGGGCGUUUGGAGUUGUCUGGUCAGUGACAGACCCCAGAGACGGAAAGCGAGUUGCUCUCAAAAAGAUGCCUAAUGUCUUCCAAAACCUUGUUUCUUGUAAGAGGGUAUUUCGUGAGCUGAAGAUGCUGUGCUUCUUCAAACAUGAGAAUGUGCUCUCUGCGCUGGAUAUACUACAACCUCCACACAUUGACUACUUUGAAGAAAUCUAUGUAGUAACUGAACUGAUGCAAAGUGACCUCCAUAAGAUCAUUGUAUCACCGCAGCCUCUGAGCUCAGACCAUGCCAAAGUUUUUCUUUAUCAAAUUCUGCGAGGACUUAAGUACCUUCACUCUGCUGGAAUUCUACAUCGAGACAUCAAACCUGGCAACCUCCUAGUCAACAGCAACUGUGUGCUCAAGAUCUGUGAUUUUGGCCUGGCCCGAGUGGAGGAGUCGGAUGAAUCAAGACACAUGACUCAGGAAGUGGUGACACAGUACUACCGAGCUCCAGAAAUCCUCAUGGGGAGCCGCCACUACUCCAACUCUAUUGAUAUCUGGUCUGUAGGCUGCAUCUUUGCUGAGUUGCUAGGGCGACGCAUCCUCUUCCAAGCCCAAAGUCCUAUUCAGCAGCUGGAUUUAAUCACUGACCUGUUGGGGACACCUUCUAUGGAGGCGAUGAGGACGGCAUGUGAGGGCGCUCGUGCACAUAUUCUCAGAGGACCUCACAAACAGUCAAAGAGGAUUUCAGCCAAAGAUGCCCUGGCUCAUCCUUAUCUAGACGAGGGUCGACUUCGCUACCACACGUGCAUGUGCAAAUGCUGCUAUACCACAUCCUCGGGUCGCGUGUACACCAGUGACUUUGAGCCCAUCACUAACACCAAGUUUGAUGAUGGCUUUGAGAAGAAUCUGAGCUCUGUAAGACAAGUCAAAGAAAUUAUCCAUCAAUUCAUUUUGGAACAGCAAAAGGGAAGUAGAGUACCACUCUGCAUUAAUCCUCAAUCAGCUGCUUUCAAAAGCUUCAUCAGCUCCACAGUGGCUCAGCCCUCUGAAAUGCCUCCAUCUCCGCUGGUGUGGGAAUAGCUACUGUUUUGUGUCGUUGUUUUUCCUGACUGACAAGCUGCUAAACUGGGAACAAGAAAGGGUCUCAGUGUCUUCUGUCAUCUGUGUAGCAUUUCACUGGAGAACAGGACUCACAGGUCUGCUGGGUCUAUGCUGAAAAAUGGAAUCAAAGAAAGGUCCACUGAUAAUUGCUUUAUGGAAAUUAAUGACAGAAAAGCUCUGUAUAAUGCUUUGUACAGAAUUUUUCUAAACAAACUGAGAACAUACACACAUCAUACAUAUAUAUAUA